AUGAACCCCACAGGUUUAGUAGCGGCACCCGACUUCGAAUUGGAAUCUAUUUUCGAUCCGGACUCAUGUAAGACUCUGGAAGAGAGUCCGGUUUCUUACGUGGUGAAGGCACACUAUUGGAUUGGAAACGACGGAACGCCUGUCCAGUGGUGCGCCAUCAAAAGUUCGUCUACGCGUCCCGAACUCUCCAAGAAACCACACGACAUCCUCAGAGAGCUGAGGAUACUACAAAAUCUAUCACAUCCAAACAUCAUCGAGAUUAUCGGACAUGGUUGGGAGCGUGCAAUGAGUUCGAUCCACUUCUGGAUGCCUUUCAUUCCUUAUGAACUGUCCGUCCUGCUUUCUAGUCCUGCGUUUUCUCCUUUUUCGCAUCCUGGAUCUAUACCUUCUCCAUCUCAAGAUGCGGGUCCAGACUCGAGAAUAUCGACCUUCGUACUUCUCGCGAAGUCCCUUAUGUUUCAGAUCAUCCGUGGCGUGGGGUACCUUCACGAUAAUCACAUCGCUCAUCGCGAUAUCAAACCUCGAAAUAUUCUUCUCACAGAAGAUUGUUCCGUGAAGCUGAUAGAUUUUGGCAUUGCAUGGACGGAUACCAAAGACCUCGCACAACAUGAGCUGUGGCCAGAGCCCCUUGGCGAGAUGUGUUUUGACGUGUCUACGGGCCCCUACCGUGCUCCUGAGCUGCUCUUCGGUGCAAACGCGUAUGACGCUUUUGCGAUUGAUCUUUGGAGCCUCGGUGCAACAUUUGCCGAGUUUUUUACACCCCUCAAACUGCAAGUUGAAUACGAAGGUCAUGCAUGUGACGACGAAGAUUCGGUCGAAGACGACGGAGAUACAUUCAAGGAACCUUUCAUUAUUCCUCGACAGAUCUCUGCAGACAACCCAGACACGGUGUGGGUCCGAGAGUCGCUUUUUGAUUCCACAAGAGGAUCGAUCGGUCUAGCAUGGAGUAUCUUCAAGACUCUUGGCACUCCGACAGGAGAGAGUUGGCCGACGUUUAAAGACUUGCCCGACGCUGAUAAAGUAUCGUUCCAAGUUGUUCCUCCUGUGGGCAUACAAUCAUUGCUGCCUAACUUGCCUCCGUUGAACGAAACGCGGGAGCAGACUGACAACACAGGUUCUCCCUGUUUGGAAUUUAUUAAAAACUUCCUGGUAUACCCGCCUAACAUGAGGCUAAAAGCUGGUGUAGCCUCCCAGCACAGCUGGUUUGCGGAAGGAUUACCUCUCGUGUUGCCAAGUGGGUAUACUUCAGAAGUCCUCACGGCCGUCGCCACCACAGUCUGGGAAGACAAGACCAUAGGCGACUUGAUGUUGUCUGUCAUUUCCCAUCCAAACAUAAGUAAUACCGUUCACUACAACGCAUGA